CUAGCUAGUAUUUCCAAAUCUAUUCUUUUCCUUUCGAAAAAGGUCGACUCUAUUUUAGGGCAAUCUGAUCGCAUAGAUCGACGUGCAUGGAGAUGGAAGGGUCGGCGGCGGUUCCGGUGGGGUACCGAUUUGAGCCAACGGAGAAAGAGCUUCUCCAGUAUUUGUUCCAUUAUACGAUGGGCCUUCCUUUGCCAUGCAAGGAGAUCAAGACAGAGGACCUUUACGGCGAAAAGGAACCCUGGGAGAUCUUCGGAGAUCACCCGGAGGAGGGAACCGCCGUGAAGUAUUUCUACUCCACGCUCAAGAGGAAGAGGGCCGCCGGAGCGAGGUUUGAGCGAGAAGUGGGGAAGCCGGCGGAGACGACGGGCGAUGGUGAUGAUGACGGGUCAACGACCCGGAAGAAGAAGAGGAUGAAGUCUUCGCGCGGUCAAUGGCACGGCCAAGAUAGUGCCCAACCCGUCAUGGAUGAUGGGAACGGCGGCGGCGCCGCCGCAGUGAUGGGCUUCAAGAGGAGUUUCGUGUACAAGAGAGAAAAGUCGGACCAAAAUGGCCGUUGGCUUCUCAAAGAGUAUUUCCUCAACGAAGUAUUUCCUGAAUUUGCGGGCAAGAAGGACUUCGUUCUUUGUAGGCUCAAGAAGAAGACGAAAAAAUAAUUUAUUAAUUCAAGAAACCAUUAAUUAAUUAUAUUAAUUCAUUGAUCGAUUAAAAGCUCCUUGAUUUGGAUCAUUUAAUUAAAAGCUCUUUUGUUUUAUUUGCAACCAUGUAUAUUUUUUAAACUAAGUCCU